AUGCAUUCAGCCUCUGCCGUACAUAAACCCCUCUCCUCACUCCUCAAGCCCUCUACACUUCGCUCUGAGGCUCUCCCAAGACCGACAACCUACGAGCUCCAGACCGAAAUGUCUUCUUCACCCAACAGACCCAACGCUGACCCCCCACCGGGGGACGACACCGUCGACGCCGGCCCCCCCACAGCCGAACCCCCUCCCACCCGCGAAGACACCUCACCCACGCUGUCCUCUUCACCUUCCCCUACCCUCAUCCCCGUUCCGUCCACCUCCAUCCCCCUUCCGCCUACCCCGCCGCCCCGCUACCGCACCACCCUAAUCCGCAACGCCCUGACCCACGCCCUCCCCCCGCUCCCCGACCCCUCCGACGCCGACACCGCCGCCGACAACAACGAGGACAACAGCAACCUCCCCCACUGCCCCAUCUGCCUGAACCCAUACAGCGACGACACAGCCGCGCUGCCAUGUAAGCACGUCUUCGACCGCGCGUGCAUCAAGGAAUGGCUGCAGGAGAACAACUCGUGUCCGAUGUGCCGGGCGGCGGCUUGGGAGGAGGAGGAGGAGCCGGCGUCGACGGCGGGCUCGCGGCGGGGGAAUUGGACCCUGCGGGAUAGGAGGAUUUUGCAGGAUAUGGUUUUGGCGCUGCGGCAGAUGCAGGAGAGGGAGCGGCAGCGCGGGCGUCGCGGUCGUGGGACCGUCCACACGGCGCUUCUGAGGGCGAGGAGGGAGGGUGAGGAUGAUGAUGAUGGGGCCGCAGGUGGUGCGGGUGUUGUUGUUGGUGGGCAGGCUGAUCAGCCGGACGAUGGUGGCGUAGGUGAUGGUGAUGAUGGUGAACAGGCUAAUCAGCAGGAUGAUGGUCAGAUGCCACAGCAGGACGACGACAGCGACGACGAUUACGGCGACGACGAGCACGGCGACGAUCAGCCGCCGCCGCCUCCGCCGCAACAGCAAUACGACGACCCCUCCCGCCCCAUGGCACCCACCGUCCCCGGCGGCCCCCAUGACACCGUCAUCGUGCCCGGCAUGUUCAUCCCCGCUGGCGGCUGGCGCAUGCCGCACUGGCGCUGCCACAUGUGGCGGUCUCCGCAUAACGCCCUCAGCACCGUUCAGGUGAUUGCGCACCGCGCCCGUUUCGGGCCCGGGCCGAGCGACGAGGAGCGCGCGCGCGCGGAGAGGCUGAGGGCGCGGGACAACUGGUUGGCUACGCAGGGCCGGGCCGAGCUGCUGCUCGUGGACAUCGAGCGCAUGGCUUUGGCGAUGGGUUGCGUCGAUGAUAUCAGGAUCCGGUCGAGGCGCAUUUGCGAUGUGGUUGCAGUCAUGCUGGGCCAUGCGGCGCAGUUCCGGGGCCGUGAGGCUGUGCCCGCUGCGCUGUUUAUGCUGCUGGUUACCGCCGCGUGGACCGAGCUGAGGAGACAGGCGAGGGUGCGGAGGGAGACGGGACUCAGGGCGAGUGUGAGGAACCUGUUCCGCCGCGCGAGGUCGGUGCGGGAGAUGGAUGAUGUGGAUGAGCGCGAGUUCGAGGACGACGGCGAAUCGAUGCCGGAGGGUAUGGAUGUGGCUGCGGAUCUGGCAAGGCGGAUGGUCAAUUCGCUGCUGCUGGUGCGUGAGGCUGUCGCCGUUGGACACGAGGUGUAA